AUGUUCGCAUUUGUAGGGAAAUGCCAAGAAAUAUCUGUUUCCUUGAUUGCGAGACGAAAUUUAGCGAAUAGAAAAGAUAGAUCUGCAGAUGACACGUAAGUAGAUACAUAUAUACAUACAUACAUAUAUUUAGUUUAUAAAUUAAAGCAGGUCAAUAAAGUAGCCAAUUAAACAGCUGAUGUGGACCCACUAUCCCUAAGGAUAAUAGCGAUAAAACCGAUAAAAAUCAAAACACGAUUAUGUAAAUUGCGCUUAAGUUAUAUUUAAAUUUGAUAGUACCUAGAAUCCCUGACAGAGCAUCUUAGCUUUUUGUGACCUGCAAAGUUCUACUGUUGGACGGCUGGGUCAAACAAUCUCACUGGUUUGAUGUACACUAUUUAUUUUUCCAACUCAUUAGCAACUCUGAUCUUACAAUCAAUAACCCAGAAUCACCCAUCAUAUUUCCCUCCUUCCAUCACAAACCUAUCAAAAAGCUGAUUGUAAAGCUUCAGUCACGACAGUGGUAGAUGAUGAGACAUUAAAUGUUGAAUUGUGUUUUACAUCACAGAGCUGCUGAAUUACUGAAGUUAACUCAUGUCCGCCUGGACCGUGAAAAGAUAAGUGAAAUUGACAACUUGGAUUGCCUUGGGCCAGUCACAAAUUUAUAUUUACAGAAAGUAAGUUAAUGUUUAUUAUACGAGGUUUUGUGCAGUUUGUGGCCUGACCUAGUUAGCCUAGUCUACUGUAGCUAGUCUAGUUUAGCCUUGUCUAACCCAGCCUAGUCUAGGGUAGUCUGUUCUGACUUAGUAUAACCCAGCCUAGUCUAAUUUAACCUGGCCUAUUCUAGUCUUCAUAAGAUGAAUUAACUAUCAUAAACUCUAUAUAGUUUUAAUUAAUUAUCUUUGUUAUCAUUUUUUCUUUAUUAAAGAAUGAAAUUACAGGAAUAGAAAACCUUGAAGUUCUUCCUAAAUUGAGGUAGGUAUGUAAUUAUAACAAGAUAAUAUGGUUACUUGAGUUUGUCAGAAAUUGACAAAUUUAUAUUUGGUAUGUUAGUCUAGUAAGUAAAAAAAUAGAAACUUUUCUUUUUAUGUUUCUACAGUGUUGAUAGAUUUAAACUGUAACUUAGGAUAUCUUCUUACCCCCAAUACAUAGAUUCUUGACAUUGGCUGAAAACAAGAUAAGCAAGCUGGAAAAUCUGAAAAUGCUCACUAAUUUAAAGUUCUUGGAUCUCUCAGACAAUAGCAUUGAGAAUUUUGACACAGGUUUGAAUUAAGUUGCGAUUCUUUUUUUUGAGACAAUAUUGAAUUUUGAAUUUUUACUCAAAAGUAAUGUGACAAAUUUUCAAAAAUAUAUUGAUUUUAAUAAUUUUGUUAACCUCUUUACAGAAGAGUUACCAUCAAGUUUAGUGAUAUUACUUUUGAAAGGAAAUCCCUGCACUGAAAAUGCAGAAUACAAGUGAGUUAUCUCUAAGGUCAUCUUUGGAUUUCUACUUAUGUUGUCCAAUAAAAUGCAAAUUGUUGAAAUUUAUGAUAUUAUCUCAAUAUGGCAUGUUUACAAAAUGUGAUUGAUUUUUGUCUUGGAAUUUGUUUUGCACCACUUUGCAAUUUAGGAAGAAAUUACUUGCAGCCCUUCCUUCACUGAAGCAGCUUGAUGGCAAUGAGGUAACAAGACAGGACAGAGUGGAAGCUGGAUGUGACGUGUAAGUACUAAUACUCUUUGUCUUGUAUUGAGUCCACUUCCAGUGAAAAGUGGCAAAGCCUGAAUUAAUAUCUCUGACAAUAUAUAUGUUACAUGCUAUGUGAUAUGUUGCUGUGACAAUAAGCUACUAUAUCAGGGCUCUAAGCUGAGCUUUUAUUCAAAGUUGCCAUUUUGUGACCAAACAUUAUAAAGUGCUUGGCAGAAUUAAAAUUCUGGUUGCAAAAAAGACACUCUGUGCACCAUUGCAUAAUAUUUGAAACCCUUGACCACACUGCUUGUCUUUGGAGCAAGCAGCAUUCUGGCGAUUCAAGCAUCAUGUCAAGGCUUAAUACGUAGGCAAUCAAGGAGAUGAGGAUAAUUUUUAAACAGGAAAACCACAAAGCACCAGUAGUGUUUUAUGAAAAUGUUAUCUCACAUCAACUUCAGACCAUAAAAACUUAAGUUGUAAAACAUUACAAUUGGUGGUGCAGUGUAAAUUGUUGUAAAAUUGAUACUUAAUAGGGAAAGUGAGUCUGACGAAGAUAGUGAUGAACAAGAAGAAUAUGGAGGAUCAGACCUUGACAGAGGAAAAGAAAAAAAAGGUGGUUAGAGUCAGUGUGAUCUGCAGGCCUUAGGGAUACUUUGUACAUCCUAUAAAAAUUAUCAGAAACACCUACCUGUACAGUAUCGAAUGGCAGAGAAAAUGUAACCUUUCAAACUUGGAUUCAUUAAAUUUCACUUUAAUUAACCCUUUAACUCCCAAGAUCUGAUUGUUAAUUCUCCUCUCUGGCUGCUACGCAUUUCUUUGUAAAUUAGUUAUGAGAAUUUGGUGCUCAAUCAAGAUAGCAACCUCUCCCUGAUAAGUUUGAAUAUUCUCAUCACCUGUUUGCUGAAUAAUAUAUGGAUAUUAUAGGGAGAAAUUUCAUGUUAAUCACUUCUGGGAAUCAAAGGGUUAAGAAUUUCUAGAAUUUGCCAAUGAUUAAUCUGCAAAUCUCAACUUGCUGUAUUUCUAACUUGUAGCCAGAACAUUGACAUUAUCUUUGGUAAUCAUAGUUGAAUUUUUUAAUUUUUACUUUAGGUUCUCUCCAUCAGCACUGUAAUGAUAUACUGGUACGAGCCAAAAUAAGAACAGUGAAGGUACAUCUUGCUACAUAAUCACACUCAGAUGUAAUAUUUUCUUUUCAAAGGAGAGGUGGUGAUCUGGGUCGAAAUGAUUUUGGGGGCACAAAACUCUCUGAAACUGUAUGUGGUUUUGUGAAGACGUAUUUGUCUUUCAAGCCUGCUUAGUUGGUGUUUUGGUAGCCAGUAGUACAUGGCUUCUGGAUACGAACUUAUCUCAAGAAUGCUAGACAAGACUUUAGGGCCUACUUCUAGUUUACCAGUACAUGCUUCUGGUUACAUUGGUUAAAUAUUUGGCCUUCUCUGGGUCAUUCUGGUCUGACAUUCCCUCAGUUUGAAUUCCUUGGUUUUUAAAUUGUGGGCUAGAAAUUUUGAGGUGAAGCAUCAUGUUUUAAAUGGAAAAAUGAUAUAUUUUUGAAACCCCUAGAAUGAAUAGCCCUCUACUGGUGUAUUUUUUCAGGAAGAAAAAGAGCAUGAGAGGAGAAUGGAAGAACUAGCCACCCUUAAAGAUCUACAGUCACAAAGGACAUCAAGCAGAGUUCCAUCCAGGCCAUAACUAAAGAUUUGAUAAUUGUUUGAGUCACAAAGAAUGCACACAAACCAUUUGCCAAGCGAGUUGAAGAUUGAGGCUCCUGUUUUAAAUGUUGACUUAUUUUUCUGUGAACACCAAGAACUUGGCUCUCUUUUCUUUCAUUUGUAACAACCAAAAAUGUAGAGUGAAUCAAGGGGUCAUAUUACAGCCUAAUGAAGUUGAGAAAAAAAUCGAAAAGACAUUUAAGUUUUUUCUCCAGUCUUUGUAUAUAGGCAAGGUGAACAUACAAGCACCACCAAAUAAAAUAAAUAUGAUUGCAUACUGUGAUCAUACUGAUUGGGAAAGUCCUGAAUAGACCCUAUGUUGCUAAGGGCUUGUCUACCAUUUUGACAGCGAGAGAGGAAGUCAUAAUUUAAGUCAUCGUCAUCGUUGACUCUGACAAUUAAUAAUUUCUUGGUUUAUUUACUUAGUCACUGUCAUUAUAGCCUGUUCCAGGCAUCUACUAAGUCAAAUGGAGCAAUGAGGAAAGUCGGGUGGUAUCGUGAAAAGGAUGUUUGAUAUGAAACCCAACCCAAUGCUCCCUUGCUGUUUUGCUCCUCUGAUACUGUUGUGCCUGGAAUAGGCUAGUGCCAUUGUGAACAAUUUUCUUCUAGACUACUCUUACCCAACAUGGGUAAGAGGAAAAUAAGGGCAAUAUGUAAUUAACUGUUUCUCCAGAGGUUAAACCAUUUACAGUGUGCUGUAAAAAACAAUUAGAAGCCAACAGUGAGUUAAGAAAAUUAAAAUUUGUUUACUUGUGUGGUUUUGCACAAGUGUCUCUUUUAUUCUGUAAAAUGAUAUUACACUUUUUAUAAUACCUCCAAAAACGGUAUUUAACAUUUAACAUUGUAUAAUUUUCAUAAUAACAUUGAAACUUGCAAAUUUCAAGCAGUGACUCCUAUAAUGAGAUUCACUUACAACAUAAUUUUUGGGCUCAAGCAUUUUGUCAAUAUACAUUUUUUCAAGAAGGAAAUUUUUUUCUUGUCCACUACAAUAUUUGUUUACUGUAAAGGCAGAAUAAAAAACCUAC